UACACAGUUGAUUCUCUUUCUUUUUCCCUCUUUCUUUUUUUCUCUUCACUGUCUUUCUCUCUCUCUCUCUUCAGUACUCUUUUAGACCUCUCUCUCUAUGUCUCUCUCUUCUAACUUCUAUGCUUCUUUUGCUUUAACUCUCCUCUCAUCUUUCUGGCUCUCUUCUCCUUCUUUUAGCUCUCUGUUGAUCAACUUUCUCCUGCCAUAAAGGAAUCAACAGCGAUUCAAUUCACAAGAGUUUUUAGACUGUUUAUAUACAUAUAACCAAUAUAUAAAUAUAUAUCUCUAUCUAUGUGUGUUUUUAUAACAUUAUGAUGAUUUUGAGUGAAAAAGAUCUACAAUUAUUGUCAUCCAUGUCAAAUAUAACUUCGGAAGCUGACUCAAGUUUUAAAGACAGUGAACUUAAGAUUGAAUUUGAUGGAACUACAGUUUUAUGCCGAGUGUGCGGUGAUCGAGCCUCAGGGUUUCACUAUGGGGUUCACAGUUGUGAGGGUUGCAAGGGUUUCUUUCGUCGAUCUAUUCAACAAAAAAUUCAAUAUCGACCCUGUACUAAAAAUCAACAAUGUUCCAUCCUCAGAAUAAAUCGUAAUAGAUGUCAAUAUUGCCGUUUGAAGAAGUGCAUUGCCGUCGGAAUGUCUCGUGACGCUGUUCGUUUUGGACGUGUACCCAAACGUGAGAAAGCCAAAAUACUUGCCGCAAUGCAGAAGGUAAAUGCCAAUUGUCAGGAGAAACAGUUAACUGAACAAUUGGAAGAUGAGAAUCGUCUUCUCGUUAAUAUUUUGCAAGCCCAUGAGGAAACAUGUGAUUAUACUAAGGAGAAAGUUGCUCCUUUAAUUGAAAAGGCUCGAGCUAAUCCAGUUUACGCUCGGUGUCCCUCAACAAUGGCUUGUCCAUUGAAUCCUCUUCCACCCAACGGUAUUGAAAAUGGUCCUGGUGAAGGUAUUUUGGAAAACUUUAGUGAACGUUUUUCUCCCGCUAUUCGUGGUGUUGUUGAAUUUGCCAAACGAAUUCCCGGUUUUGCUGUCUUAUCACAAGAUGAUCAAGUAACACUAUUAAAAGCUGGUGUUUUUGAGGUUCUACUAGUUCGUUUGGCUUGUAUGUUUGACAAAACAAGCAACUCAAUGAUCUGUCUUAACGGAAUGGUCCUUAAAAGAGAGUCACUUCAUUCACAAUCAAGUGCUCGUUUCUUAUUAGAUUCAAUGUUUGGUUUUGCUGAGAUGCUUAACGCUCUUAAUUUAACUGAUCAUGAAAUUGCUCUUUUCUGUGCGCUUGUCAUUAUCUCACCAGAUCGACCUGGCCUACGUAACAUUGAUUUAAUUGGAAAAAUUAAUCGUAAAUUGGUUGAUCUCCUUGAUAAACUUGUUACUUCCAACCAUUCCGAUAACCCCGGAUUAUUUAGUUCACUGGUCAAUAAAAUUCCUGACCUGCGAACCCUCAACACACUUCAUUCAGAGAAAUUGUUAGCCUACAAAAUGGGUCCAAAGGGUGGACAAAAUUGUGCUAAUGGUACCUCAUCAUCUUCAGCAUCCUCCACUUCAUCUAUUGCUGGCUCACCGUUAAAUGGUAACUCCAAUAGUUCAAUCUGUUCGGACAGGACUAGUAAUUCACCAGAGAGUAAUAUGAUUAAUAAUACUUGUUCAUAUGUAUCUCUAUUACCUGUUAAAUGGCAAAACUUUACAAUCAACGAUAACGAUUGUACUGGACCUUUGCCAUCAUCCUCGUCUUCAUCCACAUCUUCUCGUUCAUCAGGGUUAUCUGACAAUGAACGUUUAUCAUCUUCACAAGGAAAUCACAGUGUUUCAUCUACCAAUGAUAAUUUGAUAAAUGCCAAAUCAAUGUCAAGUGCCGAUGGAUUAAAUAAAUUAAAUACUGAUUAUCACCAUCAACAUCAUCACCAUCAUCAAAACCAACAAAACAAUUUUAUUCUAAGUCAAAGAUUACUGCAAACAGCGAACAGUUCAACAACUAGAGACAAUAAUAAUAAGAACCAUGAAUGUCCACAUAAUCGUUAUGAUGAUUCCCAUCAUUCGCACCACAAUUAUCAUUUACAGGACAAUUAUUUUAUUUCAAAAUCAAAGGACUAUUCAAAUGGUAAUAAUGGAAAUAACAACAACAACAAUAAUAAUGAAUUAUAUUCAAAGAUUCGUCGAGUCGAUUCACCAACUGAUUCUGGUAUUGAAAGUGGUAAAGAACAAUGUAAUGGAAGUACACCAACGACAUCCGUCUGUUCUAGUCCCCGAUCUGCUUGCGAUGACAAGGUUAAAGAUAUUGUAUCAGAUUCUGAGUCUGUUUCAGAAAAACAAGAAUCAAUUGAUGAUAUGCCAAUGUUAAAACGUGCAUUGCAGGCUCCACCAUUAAUUAAUACAAAUAUGCUUAUGGAUGAAGCAUAUCGACACCAUAAAAAGUUUAGAGCGACAAAAGCAUCUCGAGAUUGUGAACCACCUUCAAGCAGUACAUCAAUCUGUAUUAAUUCCCUUGCUCCAUCACCUUUAAAUAGUAAUAAUAUUAACAAUAAUAACAAUAAUAAUAAUGGUAAUGUUAAUAGUUCUAGUAAUAGUUUAUGUAAUAGUCUAGUAUCACCGACAUCAACAUCAUCAUCUUUAUCGUCAGCUUCUUCAUCUUGUCUUACUUCACCAACAAGUAAUUGCGAUUCAUUGGCAUCAACACAUUCAACAUUGGUUAAAGUCUUGGAGCAAGCACCUCGAUAUGUUGGUGAUUUAAGUCAUCAUUAUUUACAGCAACACGGUAGACAUCACAAUUUAAGCUCAUCAACAUCGUCGUUGUCUUCAUCCCUGUCAUCGUCAUCAUCAUCAUCCUCUUCAUCGCCACCCCAUAAUAAUUUCACAUCGAUGCCACCUCCAUUGGAUUUAAGUCGUAAACGGGAUCUUCUUUAUUUGUAAUUAAUACAAAUGUAAAAAUGGUCAAUAUCAUGAUUUGAAUGGAUGGUUGAUUGAGAGAAGAAAUUGUCAACAUUUCUUAUCAUCGUGUUCAUCAUCAUCAUCAUUAUUGUCAUGAUACAAAGAUAUUUACUGAAAAAAUGAUCACAAAUCAACACACUAUGCUCACUCAUCAUGCACACAUCACAUACAAACACACAUACAUCACAUGCAUAACAUACACAAAUAAAAACCCUGGAACCACCACAAAAAGAAAGAAAAAAAAUUAACUUGUAAAAGAUCUUUACCUAAUCAAAUUGAAAUCAAAAAAACCCAAUGAAACAAAUUAAUUUGCUGUAAAGAUCUUUACUCUUAUCCCUUAACCUUUCAACUUUUCAUCUUGUUCACUUUUCCCUCUUUCUCUCUCUCAUAUGCUACCUCUGAAAGGGUUUUUUAUUAAAUAAUCUUAUGUAUAUGUUCAUCAUUAUUUCGGUAAUAAUAUUUAUUUCCUUGUGAAAUCAAGCAAACUUUUCUUUCUCACUCUUUACCAUCUCUAUCAAUCUUUCUCUUCCUUCUCAAUUGAUUUUCUUAAAGAAUAUUAUUAUUAAUAAUAAUGAAUAAAUGUCUGUUGAAAAAUAAACAAUUGAUAAA